AUGGUUUACGAAAUAGAAGAGGAUAGUCGAUCCGCUAUUUCACAGGAAAUUACCAGAAGCAGUAAAAAGUUUUUUCGGGAUGACUUCUUAACACGACGUGGAAGACGUGAAUAUUUAAUGAAAAUGUUACUUCUAGUAACUGUUCCAAUUAUGGGAGUUAUUGCUGAAUCGAUGAUCCGCUUAGUUAAUUCCAUAAGUGAGGAAACAGCAAGUUAUAAAACAAAGGAGCAAAUGAAUUUAACUGAGAGUUCAGCUCAACUCAUUCAUAGCCUGCAAAAUGAAAGAGGACAAAGAAUAUUAGGAAUUGGAAAUAUUACAACUCUGGAAAGUAUUUUAAAAGCUUACAAUAGCACAGAUUCUUGGAUAGAUAAAUUACAGAUAUGGCCACUGCCCAAUACAAUUAUCGUACCAAAUUUUUUACUUACUAGAUCACAACUUCUCACUCACAUACAAAAUCAUCGAAAAACCAGCAAUAAAAUAAUCACAACUUCAUCUGCUAUACGAAAAUUCAUUUUGGACGAAAUUUAUUUUUACGAAAGCAUUAUCAAACCGUUGAUCGAGUAUCUAUUAAAAUUAGCUCCAGCAUCGAGAAAUUCUAAUGUUUGGAAAUUAUAUGUUGGAUUUAAAAUGUUAGCUUCAAGUAAAGAAGAAGCAUCAAUAGUUCGAGAAUUAGGAGUACUACAUUAUUACUUAGGUUAUUUCACGGAAACGGACUUGAAACAAUAUAUUAAAGCCGAUUCACUAAAUUCGGCUUUCUUAAAAACGUCUAAGAUUUUUGCUUCUCAAAUUAAUGAUUAUCUUAAUUCUGCGUUAGAAUCUUAUCCCUCUUUAUUAAUAACACUGAACAAGAUGAAAGCAGAAAUUGUAAGUAACAAAACAAUCCAUAAUCGAAAUCCGCUUAUGUGGUGGUUUCAAUUGAACACUGCUUAUAUUAAUAUUGAAAAUACAGUGCAUAAAAGACUCUCAACAUCAAUACAAGGCUAUCUUGAAAAAGACAUUCGCCUGGAGAAUACUGAUGUUAUUAUCGCUAUUUGUCUCCUCUUUCUAAUUUUUUGUAUUUGUCCGCUGUUAUUUAAACUUAUGAUAAAUUUGGUCCGAUCAAUUGAAAGAUUUGCCGAGGAUGUGGUCCAGAAAACUGAUCUGCUGAAAUUUGAACGUGAACGAGCUAACUCACUUCUAUACAGGAUGCUACCGAGAACAGUGGCAAAAGAACUUAAGCAAACUGACUCUGCUACUGCAGAGUAUUUUGAUCAAGUUACCAUUUUUUUUAGUGACAUUGUUGGUUUUACUCAACUAUCCUCGCGCAGUACACCCUUACAAGUUAUUGAAUUACUAAACGCUCUCUAUCUAAAUUUUGAUAACACUACGGAGCUUUAUAAUGUUUAUAAAGUUGAAACUAUUGGAGAUGCUUACAUGGUUGCAUCAGGACCGUGCAUGGCCGGUGUAGUAGGAACAAAGAUGCCAAGGUACUGUCUCUUUGGAGAUGCAGUUAAUACAGCAGCUAGACUAGAAACCACUGGAGCUCCUAAUCAAAUUCACAUUAGUAAGGAAUCGUAUGAAUUACUAACGAUCUUUGGUGGUUUUGAAGUCGAGUAUCGUGGAACUGUGGAACUCAAGGGUAAGGGAACCAUGGAAACUUAUUGGCUUAUUGGGCGUCUUAGUCCUGAUCAGAUAGACUCUCUGCCAAAUACUGUACAAUGGAAAGAUACAGAUAUAGCAAAUAUAUAA